UAUGUUUGGCUUGACAGCGAUGACAUAUUGUCUCACGUUUUGUGUUGCGGUAGUGGUGUGUUUUUCUAUCUUUGUACCAAUUUCAGUACAUUCAUUUAUCGUUUUUAGUUGUAUGGAUUGAAAUUUUCAUAAGCAAUAGCUUAAUAAUGAUUAUCGGUAACGGUCCUGAAGAACCUACUAAAAAGAAGCGGCGUAAAAAUUUAGAAGCAGCGGAUAAAUUAAAUGAAAAUGAGAAACCUAUAGGUAAUGAAAUGUUACAAAAGGUUCGAAAAAAACACAUACCUAACCUCAGACUAAAACCUGCUGGAGAUAUUGCAUCUUUACUCACAGCCGAACAAGAAAGAAUACCACUAAUGCUCACUGAUAUACAGCACCUUCUUUUGCACUCCCUGUUUGGUAACAUCAAUUUGAGUCAACCUCCACGAUGGUAUGUUUUGGAUAAGGGUGAUCAUGUCAGUCAAACAACAUGCAUCAUCUUAGAAGGUCUUUCUAUUCAACACUGGGAAAAAUAUCAUGAACAAAUGUUAAAUUCAAAUAAAAUUUUCAAGCAUCAUAUAGAAAUUCUUACUCCAUCUGUAUACAAUGGUUCACUUGUUAAGGAGUUAGCUUUAGUACCACUGUCUGAAAAUGAUAAGGAAGCAAUCAUACAGAAAUAUGGAAGUAUGAAUUUAGCUUUAGAAGCUAGAAAAGAUUUGAUGGUUAUGAUGAAGGCAGUCUUUCCAAUUGAAGAUGGUGAUAGUGACAAUUUUGAUUAUUCAACUGGAGAUGCCUAUCCUAGAACACAACUCAUAUUGUCAGCAUGGCAAUUGAUUGAAGACAAUUAUCCACUGCCUUUGAAAGGAAAAUUACAAAAUGCUUAUGCAGAUUAUGUAAUGACCAAAGAGGAAUAUAAACCAGUUACAGCCAAAUCACCAAUGUUUGGUUUAGAUUGUGAAAUGUGUCUAACAAGUGUAGGUUCAGAAUUAACACGGGUUACCAUUGUUAAUGAGAAAUAUGAAAGUGUAUAUGAAACAUUAGUUAAGCCUUAUAAUGAUAUAACAGAUUAUUUAACUAGGUAUUCUGGUAUUACUGCAUCAUUAUUGGAAAAUGUUAACAAGAGGUUAGAAGAUGUUCAAAAAGAAAUUAGACAUUUAUUACCCCCUGAUGCCAUUUUAGUUGGUCACUCACUUAAUACAGAUUUACAUGCUUUAAAAAUGAUGCAUCCCUAUGUUAUAGAUACUAGUGUAGUAUUUAAUAUCACUGGGGAAAGGUGUCGUAAACCUAAGCUGAAGGUGUUAGCUAGAGAAUUUCUUAAUGAAAUUAUUCAAUCUGGAAAAGAAGGCCAUUGUUCUAAAGAAGAUGCAGUAGCCGCUCUGAAAGUUGUACAGCUGAAAUUGAAAAAAAACUUAGAAUUUGGUGAUGCUGUUCAUACUAAGAGAAAACAGUAUAAAGAAAAUAUGAUAAAAGUAAAACAAAAGGAGGAAUAUGCUUUAUCAAUUUUUAAUCAUAUAAUAGAACAGAAGAAAACUUCAAUUGUUGUUGGUUGUGAUAACAUUACAGGGGAUUAUCACACAUACUUGACACAAGCAAAAGAAAGCUUUAACUCUCAGUUGAAAAAGAACAAGACGAAAAAGGUGAAACUUUGCACUGUAGAUGGUGUGGAAGAAGUUAUAUCUAAGCUCUCUGAAUCCAUUAGUGAAUAUAAUUUAGCUAUGGCACAUCUUAAAUUAGAAAUCAACACUGAUAAUGCAUUACAACAAAUGCUUGAGAUUGAUGCAUGGAUUCAAAGAGUGUGGGAUAGUUUAAAGAUUUCAGGUUUGUUUGUUAUUGUAUUUGGUGGGACUACAGAUACCAAUGGUAUUGCCAUGAUGAAAGUAAAAGAUGUAACAUGAAUUUUUCUUUACUGAAUUACUUUCCACAUUUAUGUUUAAGUAAAUAUUUUCCCUUAAAAGACUCAUGAAAAAUAAAAAUAUUUGAUUUAAUAAACUCAUGGUAAAACCCAAUUCCAAUGAAAACUAUUAACAUGUUAGCUUCUAAAGAAUGAGUUUGAUUUCACAUAGAUUAUGUGUAGUAUAUUUGAUCUAUAAAAUUACUGUUUCUUGUUGUAUGUAAGUCUUGUUUUGUGGACAAUCCAUACAAGAGGCAUUUGUUGGCUCAGUUUACAUAGUGUACUAUUUUUUAUAUAAUGCCUUGCUGAAAUCAAAACGAAUUAUAGAAUUAUGUGUAAACCAAAUAUAAAGCAAUAAACGUCAGAGUGGA